GCAGCCACUGUGGCCCUGGGACAUUGGGGAGCCUAGGACCAACUGGACCAGCUGGACCAACUCGCAGCGCACCGCACCACCCUCCACCCUCACGACUCACAACGCACGCUCACUUCAACUCCUCACUUCUUCUCUUCGUCUGCUGUCUGUUCUUGUCCCUCUCCCAUCCUGCUCCAGAAUCAUCUCCCCUUCCUUCACUCAUCAUCCGUUUUGCUUGUCCCCUCUUCACCUCGUCCUCUCACUCUCUACACCGUCGACCAACGACGACCUCGCCUUUCCUUACCCCUUCACUGCUGCAGUUUGUCCUCAUCGCCAUUGUCGAAAUCGCUCAGCCAUUCGCACCCGCGGAACUGCUGGCACGAGCCCUUUCUCCUCCACCGCUCCAAAGACUACUACACCGGCUUCGCUGCGCACCAAAGCUUCACCUCUAGGACAACUUGUCCUCUCGCCACUUUACUCGUAAUCAUUGAUACUACAGUUCCAAAAAUCUAUCCGAUCAUUGCUGUGCAAUAUCUCGCUGCUUUCUCGCAAGCAGUGACGACCUUCGUUUCACCUCGAACAGCAUAUCUCAUCGAUUUCAGUCCACCAAGUCCUUUUAGUCACUGACUUCCAUCCCGUUGUCUUCUGUCUAUCACCACCAUUUCUUGUCACAGCUGGCUGAAUCAUCUCGGUCACUCUCUGUCCAGACUGGUCGAGUCACCCAACGGCGCUUUAGAUUCCCCCGUUCGUCUUGCACCCGCUCUCAACGACACUCUUCUACUUGUUUUUUAUAUCACCACCAUAAUUUCAUAAUCCCGGAGCCUCCUCCUGUCGUAUUUGGUCAACUCUUGGACGCAUCUCGCACUACUUCGAUUCGCAUUCUCCAUCACUAGCACCCAUACCAUAAAUUCCAGUCAACAGCCUGCACAUCCAGAAUUCCCUUCCUAGACUACCAUGAGCAUCGACGCUGGCGGUGUUGCUCAAAUGACUUAUCAGUCUCCUUUCAAUAACUCUAUUGGCAUUUCUGGCCCUGGUUUUGCUUCUCGCGGAAAAGGUUCUCACAUCAAACGUCUGAGUGUGGCACCUCCUCCAAAGAUCUCCACCAUCGACGAAACUCAACAGGCCAAUAUCGGCGCCACUCCACGCACUGCCCGUGGUCACUUGUUGGCUGGUCUUCGUACAGCUCCCAAGUCUGCCACCGUUCCUCCUGCCUCUCAUGGUCUCGAGAACAGCAGGUUCGCCCCGGCUCAAAAUGGCAAUCGUGCCCCCCAGACUGCUACCGGCAUGUACUUUCCCGGAAACCGCCACUCAGUGAGCAACUUCCAGAACUUUUCUGCGCCUGAGCAGGUGCUUGCUCCUCCUGCUCUCGACUUCGCCGAUGGUUCAGAGCCCAUGGAUCAGAAUCUAUACGACGAACUCGUAGCCACCAAUCAUUACCUCGCUCAGCAGCAGCGAGCCCUACAGCAGCAGCUCUUGAAUGUCACAGCUGCCGCUCAGCAGUUCUCCGGCCUCAAUCUCAACACCGGCGUUAUGAGCAACUCUGGAGCCCAAUUUCAAUCCCCCUCUCCCAUCACCCCGCUCGGUCUGUACAACCAGCAAUUCCAUCACGGAUUGCAACCGGUUGUCCAACCGGUGCCGGGCAAUCCUGGCGUCUUCUCCGUCUACAAUCCAAUGACGGGGCAGACCAAUUUUGUCGUGGACAAUUUUGCUGCUCAGCAACAGGACAUGUCUCAGCAGCACCGACACCACUCGGUCUCACCACCUCCGGUUCACCCAGGUUACCAACGUCAGUUUUCUGAUCCUUUAGUCCCACAAACGGACACCCGCUCCAAAACACCCCCCAAGCCCACGCCUUCUCCUCAACAGGAGGUCGAACCUCUGCCUCCACCGUCUGCAAACGCGUUCCGCCGUGGUCAUAGAAAGAACAUGUCGUCAACAAACAUCAAGACCACAGGGGAAUGGACAAAGGGCUUGGCUGUGAGGUCUGCUGGUUUCCCACAGACACCGUUGACGGGCACCUUCGGACCUGGUCAAGGACGGGCAGGAGAACAUCCAAUCAGACAACCCAAAGGGCCACCGCUCCUGCAAGAGCUUGAAGAGAAGCCAACCUCCAAGCAUGAGGGCAGCAAGAACUUUGCAACACGUCAACGCCGCCGUGCUGUCCAUGACCUAGUUCGUGCCGGACGAGAGCGCCGAAGCGAUGGUGCUCGCCAACCAGGCUCUGGUGCAGCUACUCCAGGGAGUGAAAAUGAGUUCAACUUCUCAGUCUCGUCCGACACUGAUUCUGCCCUGGGUGGUAGUACCAGCCUUUCGAGCCGACCAAGUCUUGGCAGCCUUCGUGCUGCCGCCAGUGGUGCCAUCGGGUCCGAAAUAAAAGAAAAGUCCCGAGAACGUUCUUCGCUCGACAGUGUUGGAGCCAAGAGUUUGAGCAGUGAGGAGGGCAAUGCUGUAGGAGGACCAAUUGUUCAGAUUGAGCCUGCAAGACGCAACACGCCCCGUCUGGUGCUCAGCAGUGCCGAGAAACGCAAGAGCGUGAUUUUUUGAAAACCUUUACCCAUCAUCGCCUGGGCAGUGCCCAGGAUCGCCUAUCGAGUUCUCUUGGCAGACUCAGCCGCUCGUUUCAUCACGAAUUAUGAUGACCUGAAGAUUGAAUUGACAUGGAGCUCUAUCAAUCCACCCCUAACGAAAAACAAAGUUCGACCGGAAUCAUGACAAAAUUCCUCGAUUGACGCCUAGUGCCUAGUUCGAUUGUCAUUGAACUUUUCCAUCCCGUCGAGUUUGAAUGCUAUUUUCAAAUCAGCAAAUACAAACAACACUCUCCUUUCUGCCCCUCCACGUUGAAUCAAGCCUUCGAGGCAAGGCUUUGUCGACGCCGUAUCGGCAAGCCUCUAUCUUUGUCCUCUGUGCUUGAACGGUCGCUGGGCUCCCAAUUGAUGACGCUGAGUCAGCCCGAGAUUCAGAUCUCCCUUUUCAGCACUCGACUGGUUGACAAGCCCAAGGAGUAUGAGAGCUAGCGUCAAGUGAAGCAUGUAUCUUCCUGGGCCAACAGUCCUGACACUGGAGGUGUUUGUCCCCUUUAUUAGCUUUAGCACCAAUUAAAGAAUGAAUCUAUUUCAUAUUUCCACGUG